AUAUAUGGGCAAUAUGUAUUGAACUUUAGCAGCGCUGACAGUUGUUUGCCAUUCAUGACGUGACUGCAAUCAAUUCUAACAAAGCCAGGACGUACACAAAGCGCGAGAAAAUUUUCAUGACAGCAAGUCAGAUAGUCAUUGAUUAAACAUACUGAUCAGAAGAGUCACUCGAAAUUUGACAUUUAGCCGCAAUUUUGUUUUGAUUUAUGCUUUUAACACAAAAAGUCUGAUUGCGACAAAAUUAUUAUUAUUAAACAUUAAAUAGUGAAUAAAAUUAUAACUUCAAAAUGUCUUAUAUGCUACCACAUUUGCAUAACGGAUGGCAGGUGGAUCAAGCAAUUUUAUCUGAAGAAGAUCGAGUAGUGGUGAUACGUUUUGGACAUGAUUGGGAUCCAGCGUGCAUGAAAAUGGAUGAAGUCAUGUAUAGCAUUGCCGAGAAAGUUAAAAAUUUUGCAGUUAUAUAUUUAGUGGACAUAACUGAAGUUCCAGACUUCAACAAAAUGUAUGAAUUGUAUGAUCCCUGCACAGUUAUGUUCUUUUUUAGAAACAAGCACAUCAUGAUCGAUUUGGGUACUGGUAACAAUAACAAAAUAAACUGGCCUCUUGAAGACAAGCAGGAAAUGAUUGAUAUAGUUGAAACAGUUUAUAGAGGUGCGCGUAAAGGUCGUGGUUUAGUGGUUUCACCGAAAGAUUAUUCCACAAAAUAUAGAUAUUAGUGAGAGUACAUAAUAAUUAUUAAUAUAGUAAUGAUUAACUAAUAAUAUCAAAUAUAAGUAAAUGUGAAAAAAUAAA